UUAACGUCAAACUUUAUUUACACUCUGAUGGUUAACGUUGAACUUUAUUUACACUGUGAUGGUUAACGUUCAGCGACUACGGUCCGUCACACCUCUACAUGUGAGUGUUUAAAGCAUCGUGUCGAUGCGUCUCUGCUUCACAUGAACCGGUCUCAGAGCUCCAGCCUGAAGACGGCCCUGCUCGACUACAUAAAGCGCUGCCUCCCCGCAGACAGCGAGAAACACAACAUGGUGGCUCUGUGCUUCAGCAUGAGGAGGGAGAUCGGAGAGAACCACGAGAUGGCGGCCAGGACGCAGCUGAAGAUCAUCGAGUCUCAGGCCUGGGUGGUCACUCCUGAUCUGAAGAGCUCGUUGGUCAAAGCGUUGGGUCUCCUGAGGGACGCUGCAGAGAGCUUCUCCAAGGACUCGUGUGUGCGUCAGGCGAGCCGCUGCGUCCGGACGGCCAAGCUGGUCGCUCUGCAGCUGCACUUCCUGAACCAGGAGUCGGACCUGCGGGUCGUCAACCUGAGACCUGCAGAGCUGCUGGACGCCGUCACGGCACUGCCGCGAUGCUACCAGGUGUUCGUGGUGUCCGAGGCCUACAGCUACAGUCCGGACUGGGCCCAGAUCCUGUACCAGAAGGUGAUCCUGAACGGGGACUUUGUUUACCUGGAGGAGCUCAAACGCCACCGCCCGCUGACCUCCAGCCUGUUUGAGGACAUCUUCCAGAAGCUGGACGGCGCUCCCAGCAGCGUCACUGCCAACGUGAAGCGCCUGCUGUCGCACUGUGAUGACACGUACAGCCGCUACAGGCUGGCCUACCAGCACGACCUGUACGACGUCACCAAGAUGCUGCUGCAGGACGCCAAGACCUCCAGCUACCUGAACGACAGGCUGGCCAGCUGACCGGCCCACGGCCCGGUUCACCAGUUGACUGAUGACUGAACUACACUUAUUUAUAUAAAGUCUUUGUCUUUGCUAAGUCUGUGAAUUAAAGUAAUUGAACUGUAACUGAACAGAAUGUGUUUCUGCUAAUAAAUGACGAGACGAA